AUGCCCUGGACCGUCCUGCUCUUUGCAGCCGGUUCCUUCGCAAUCCCAGCGCCAUCCAUCCUGCUGGUGCCCCCACACCCCAGCAGCCAAGAAGACCCCAUCCACAUUGCCUGCGUAGCCCCUGGGGGCUUCCCAGGGGCAAAUUUCACACUGUACCGUGGUGGGCAGGUGGUCCAGCUCCUGCAGGCGCCCGCGGACCGGCUUGAGGUCACCUUCAACCUGAGUGGCAGUGGCAGGGAGGCUCCAGGGGGCACAUUUUGCUGCCGGUAUGGUGUGCUAGGUGAGCACCGACAGCUGCAGCUGUCGGACUUCAGCGAGCCCGUGCAUGUCUCCUUCCCAGUGCCCACUUGGAUACUGGCACUCUCCUUGAGCCUGGCCGGAGCCCUCCUUCUCCUUGCUGGGCUGGUGGUUGUUGCCGUGGUGGUCAGGAAAGUUAAAGUAAAAAAUUUGCAGAAGAAAAGAGAGCGAGAAUCCUGCUGGGUCCAGAUGAACUUUGCCACCACAGAUAUGACCUUUGAUAACUCUCUGUUUGCCAUCUCCAUGAAAAUGAACCCAGAAGAAGAUGCAGCUACUCUGGAUGCUUGCUCAGGCACCGCCGAGACACCUGGCAACUCUGGGCCCCGGAAAAGGCCCACCUCCACAUCAUCCUCACCUGAGCCCCCCGAAUUCAGCACUUUCCGGGCCUGCCAGUGA